UGUGAAUGUAAUUUAAAUUUGAGGCGGUUGUUUGCUUUUCAACAUCCACUGUGUAUCUCUGGUGUACACUUAUAUAUUGGAGGCUUUGCAAAACACCUAUGUGAUUGUUGUUAUGGUGACUUUAUUGUCAGGACUGGAGCAGUUAAUUCUGGAAAUUGUCAUGAGGAUGAAGCGACCAUUCAGGCACAGUGCGUCUGGAGCCUAAGGUUUUCUACGAGGCAUUUGUGUGUGUGUGUCUUUCACAGUCCUGUGUGGCUGCUCCUGCUGCGUCGGAUCCUUCACGUGUGUAGACGUCUCUGAUCCUCCUGCCAUCCCCCUCACGUUGCUACGACGACCAUGGACUGCGGACUGCGUCUGCCUCCUGUCAUCGAGGAGGUCAUGGACGCUGCAGAUGAUCUGUGUGAGCUGAAAGCCGAGCUUCCGGGUUUAGGAGAUGGACUGACAGAUAAAGAGCGUGUAUCCCUGGACGACAAUGAAGAGAAGGAGGAGAAGAAGAUGGAUGUGGGGAAUGGAGAGAAAGGCCUGGAGGAGGAGAAGGAGGUGAAGGAGGAGAAAGUGGAAGAUGAAGAAAGAGAUGAGAAGACAAGGUUGGAGGAGGAGGAAGAGCUGGAGGAGCUGAGAGCACAUGUGGUGCAGCUGAUGUUGGAGCUGGAAGAGGCAAGGGAGGUGUCCCAGAGGCAUGAGGAGAGCUACAAUGAACUGCAGGGGCUUCUGGAGGACGAGCGCUUAGCCAGUGCCAAUCAGGCUGAGAGCUUCACAAAACAGAUCCAAAGGCUUCAAGCCCAGCUGCGCUCUGUGCAGGAGGAGCUGGACAGCCUGGAGGAGGAAAAGGCCAGCGAGCUGUGGGAGGCCCAGGAGGAGCUGCGUGUGGCGCAGGAAGAAGUGCAGGAGCUGCAGCAGGCGGCUGAGGAGGCCGCAGCUGAGCGCGAGAAUGACAUUGCCCUCCUGCAGGAGGAGCUGUGCAGGCUGCGGGCAGAGCUGGAGAGACUUCACAACACUACGCAAGAAUAUGAGUUAGAGCUGACUACACUGCGUGCCGAGAUCAGCAUGAAGAAUCAACGAAGGGAGGAGCAGGAACAAACAGGAGAGGUGGGCCAGCUGAAGGAUAAAUGUCGCUCAUUGAUGGAUGAGUGUCAGAGUCUGAGAAACGACAACCAGCAUCUUGCUGAGAAACUGCAGCUGCUGGAACAGCAACAGCAGAGAGACAGAGAAGAGCAGGACAGUCUGAAGGUGGCUGAGGAGCAGGCAGUGAAGUCUGAAAUCUACAUGAGCAUAUUACAAACAGAACAGAUGGAUCAGGUGGAGCCGUGUCUCCAGAAGAACUCAAACGAGAACAAAGCUGUAAAUCCUGAGGAAAAAAUUGAGGAUCUAUAUGAGGUAUUCACUCUCCAAGACCAGCUAAAACAGGCUGAGGAAAGAGCAUCCCAGGUCCAGAGGGAGUGUGAGGGGUUGAAAGGAGAACUUCUUGAGCUGCAAGGACUUUAUGAGAGCAGUCAGAAGGAAAGGGCCGAACUGGAGGCGGAGCUACAUCGCUGUAGGGCAGAGCUUAAUAGGCUGGCAGGGAGGAAGGCACAGAACUCCUGUCCUCCAUCUGAGUCCCCUGUUCUCUCCAUACCCUUCAUAGGAAUGGUUGUAAUAAUGGCGCUGAUAUGGUGCUGCUGGACGGAGCGCAUGUCCUAAAGAGGGAAAGGAACGAGAGGGAGACUGGAACCUUGUUAUGCUUGUUGCUGUGGCAGCGGCAGCCGUUUUGCUCGUACCGAGUUUGACCCGAGCGUUUGCUUGAGUCUGGCCAGGAAGUGACCUCCAUCAGGUCAAUUUCCCAUAUCCACUUGCCUGCUUACCCUCUCUGUGGUACAUAUUCAUGGAUGUACACCCACCCAAACACACACAGAUCAACUUUCAUAAUCAUGCCUUUUUCUGGACUUCAUCUGAAACAGACUGUACAGUCCCAGUGGAGGAAAAAACGCAUCACAAUCACGUGCUGCUUCAGUUUCUUGCUUCUGGUUGUGUCUGCUUUCACCCUCAAACCCUUUCUGCUCUCGUAUCUCUCGCUUUGAACACAGUCUCUGGCUUAAGCCGUGCUGCUUUUAAGAUGUGCUGUGACAGCAUGUGAUAUAUGAUACUCAAAUUCUUCCAAUCCUUUCGAAUAUUAGCUUGAUGUUUUAUUUUUGAGAUAUUUUUAUGUUUAGCUAGUUUUAACACUAGAGCAAGUUUUUCUUCUAAAGCAUGCAUUAGACAGUUUAACCAGCACCGAUGUUAAAUGUAAAUGUUCUAUACCUAACUGUGGGAUCGCUCAAGUUUAUAAG